AUGUUGUUCGUUAGGCACUGUAUUAGAACUCUGGAGAAGGAAGCCGAAUCCUCGUACCUCCCCGGGGACCGAAAACCUUCGGUGCCGCCGCACCCGUCGCCGCCGCCGCUUGCUCAUGGAGAGCCCGUGCUGCCGCCGCCGCCGCCGCCGCCGCCGUCGCCGCCUCAUCUACUAGCACCGCCGGCUGUCUCGGUCUCUCCCGGCGUGAGUGCUGGGCUCCGGCACGGCCUCCAUCGCACCCGCCGCGGCGGGAGCCACAGCAGCUCCGGCGCCCAGGCCCGAUCCGACCGGACCCACGGAGCCAGGACCGCGGGACGCGUAGCUUCUUAUUACGGAGGAAGAUUCGGCCUGACCUCCUCCCCCCUCCCCCAGUCCCCAGUUCCCAGCUGCCUGACGGCGCAAAUGCGCAGGCGCGAAGACGCCCCGGUCAAACGCCCAGUAAUGGUGGUUGUGACCAUUUCUGGAGAAUAGCAGGGAGAUGGCUCAUUAAACUCUACUGAGAUUUGCCAAAGCGG